GACUUCAAAUAUUUUAAAAAGAAAACAACAAAAUUUAUUAAAAGAAGAAUUUAAAAGAAAAAUGAAAAAUAAUAAUAAAGAAAUUGGAAAUGUUGUUAGAAAAGAAGAGGAGGGAAUAUCUAAAUUAAUUUGUCAAUUUUUUGUUUUUGGAAUUCUUUUUGGUGUUGUUUGUUCAAUAUCUGCAUGUUCCUGCAUUUUUCGUUCAAGACAUUUUAAUAAUUCACAAAGGAUAUUUAAUGGAAUAAAUACUUUAGAAGAGGCUAAUUUGAAUAGAUUAAAACAAAUAAAAGAGCCAUUUUCCCUAGAUCAACCUUAUUAUUUAAAGAUUGACGAAAAAGGUUUAUUUUAUGCCUGUCCAUUAAAUAAUAAAGAAGAAAUACCUAAAUUACCUAAUUAUUUGGAAGCUUGUAAAAUGCCUACAACUACAAAUUGGGCGUUAAAUGAUAUUAAAGCUAGUCCUGUUUAA